AUGAGUACAUCGGGACCUGCUAGCACCGCCAAUGGCAUCAGCGAGAAGGACCUGCCCGAGCACGGACGAGACAUGCUGCUGGGGGCGCUCAGCGGCGGGGGGUCGCUGCCGCCGGCGCCGUCCAGCACGUCGUCGGUCAAUGGAUCGGAGCGCACGUCGUCCAUGACGGGCCUCACGCGCCAAGCAUCCACGACGUCGACCGCGUCCGAGCUCAAGUCGGUGCGUGGCCCGCCAGCACACGAGGUGCACUGGGAGGGCUACGUGCGCAAGAAGGGCGACUGGCUUCCGCGCUGGGAAGAGCGCUACCUUGUGCUUGACGGCGCGAGCCUCACGUACUACAACACCAAGGACGAAGCGCGCAGCGGCCGGAAUCUCCGUGGCCGCAUGAUCAUCACGCGCGUUUUGCCGGAAAACUAUGGCAAGGCCCAUGGCUUUCUCAUCGAGACAAAAGGCCACAAGCACUUUCAUCUGUGCUGCACGACAGAGCUCGAGAAGGACAUGUGGGUCGAGAUGAUGCAGGCAGCGAUCGACGAAGGCAUCUCGCACCCGCCGCACUUGACGACGCAGCAAUCAUCCGGCACGUUCGAAGCCACAGUGUCGUUCCAGGCGUCGCCGACCCAAGUCGACCUCCGCUCGUUCUACAGCGCGUUUCGGAAGCUCCUCAUCUCGCACUCGUCGUCGCCGCAGUUCUUUCCCAAGCUCAGCCGCGACGUGGUCUUGACGAGCAACUACGCGCCGACCGUGCCGUUCUGGGGCGAGUACCACGGCCUCGACGGCGUCUUGCACUUCUUCUCGAUCUUGUACGAGACGGUCGAGUUCACGUCCUUCUUUGUGACCGACAUUGCGCAGGCCGCGCAGGGCUCGACUGCCGUCAUCGCCGGCCGUGAGACGAUGAAGAACAAGCACAACAACCGCAAGUUUACGCAGCAGUGGCAGCACACGAUCGAGUUUGCGCCCGACGGCCGCGUCAAGAGCCUCACCAUCACGGCCGACCCGGUCGCGGCCUCGGCGGUCUUUGGCUGCAACGCCACGUCGAGCCUCAGCCUUCCGAUCGCGUCAGUCAUUGGCAACACCAGCCAGGACAACCCGGCCGGCGUCGUGCACGUGCACGUCCUCCGCGGCGAGCAGAUUGGCGGCCUCAGCGACGACGACGACACCGGCGUCGUGGUCCAGCGCCGCAUCUUCCUCGGGCUCCGGCUCAUCGUCGACGGCAAGACCAACGUGUAUGCACCGACGUCGUCGGCCAACUGCGUGAGCAAAACGGCCUGCUCGACGCUCGAGUCGUCGCCGGACCCGGUGUGGGACUCGCCGCACGAGCUCGCGUUCCAGGGCCUCAACCGCGGCAAGCCGUGCUUCAUGCUCAUCGAAGCGUGGGGGUAUGUCGACGAGGGCACAAAGGAAGAGCUCAUUGGUGUCGCCAAAGUCAACCUCGCGCCGUUCCUUGCGCUUGCGAGCAGCUCGCGCUCGGUGCGGGAGAGCGUCGUGCACAGCGACAUUGCGCGCGGCGCGGUGCCGCAGUGGUACACGCUCCUCUCAGCCUCCGAAACCAAGUUUUCGUGCGGCCGUGUCCAGCUCAGCAUCUCGUUCGAGACCAACGUGGCCAAAAAGGAGGCGACGACCGGGUCCGACUCGGAGGACCCGGACGCGGUGACGCCGACGCUGCGCCCGCUCUCUGCCGUCGUUAUGCCGCUCUCCAAGACGUCGAUCACGGACGACCACAUUCAGUACUUUUUGUACCAGAUGCUGGUCGCGAUCAAGUACGUGCACUCGGCCGAAGUGCUGCACCGCGAUUUGAAGCCGAGCAACAUUCUGGUCAACUCGGACUGCGACGUCAAGCUCUGCGACUUUGGCCUCGCGCGCGGCGUGAACGGUGUCGACGCCGGUCUGACCGAGUACGUCGUGACGCGCUGGUACCGCGCGCCGGAGCUCCUCCUCUCGUCCAAGUACGACAAGCCCAUGGACGUGUGGGCGAUCGGGUGCAUCUUGGCCGAGAUGAUUGGCCGGCGGCCGCUCUUUCCUGGCCAGGACUACCUCCACCAGCUCAAGAUCAUCAUGGACGUGGUGGGGUCGCCGGAAGAGGAGCAGCUCGACUUUAUCACCAACCCAAAGGCGAAGCGGUUCAUCUUGCGGCAACCCAAGAAGCCGCGCGUGCCGCUCUCGUCGAUCUACCCGCGCGCCACGUCGCUCUGCCUCGACCUCCUCGAGAAGAUGCUGAGCUUUGACCCGCGCACGCGCAUCUCGAUUGAGGAUGCGCUCGAGCAUCCGUACUUGGCCCAAGUGCGCGAUGCGUCGGUCGAGACGACGUGCCCGGUGCCGUUCGACUUUAGCUUUGAAGACUGCGAGCUCACGCGCAAGAAGCUGCAAGAGCUCAUCUUUGAGGACGUCUGCCACUUCCACCCCGAGACGCUCGAGGAAGGCGACGGCCCGAGUGGCGACGCCAUCGUGUAA